AUGGGUUUUACCCAACCUAUAUUGCUUCUUUUCACAUUAUUCGCUUCAACGAUAGCUGAGCGCGAAUGUGUUGACGAGCACGGCCGAAAAUUCGAACAUGACCGCGAAUGGCGCUCGAUGGAUGGGAAUUUCGUCAAGAAAUGCGAAGUUUUCGCCCAUGGCUGGCAAAUCAAAGUCGUUAGCUGCGCCUCCAAGUCGAAUCAUCGAAUUGAAAUCGGCGGGAAACGAGUGGAAGGCCCAAUGAUUUGGUAUUGCGACAAAUCAUCCAAUGGCGGAGUUUCGCUGAGAUCGGAGCCGAAUCCCGACGCCGAAUGUAAUGGUGGGCAUUUGCCCGGCUCUCGAUGGGUUGACGGGGCUUUUGAGCGGGAAUGCCAAGCCGGCGCUCACGCCAAGAUUGUGGGAUGUGUGUCGCCGGGAGGGACGAGGAUCACGCUGGGGGAUUCGAUCGAAGAAAAGGGGGAUAUUGUGAUCUGCGAGAAGCGGCCGGAUGGAAGUAUCAGCAUGAGAAAUGAGCGUAAUCCCAAUGCUUUUUGUGGAGACCAUCCGGCAGGUAAGGGAUGGGAGGAGUUUUGAAUUUUUAGGGAGAUUUAUGAAGGUCAAAUUUUUAAGUAUCCUCAAGAUUAAGGCUCUAUUUUAAAGGCUCCAUUAUCAUCCAAAAUUUUUUAAAAAAUUCCAAGCUUACUGAAAGCCUAAUUCAUUUAAAAUUCCAGGCUCCGAAUGGGUCGAAGAGUCAUUUGUAAUGAAGUGCGAAGCCGGCGGUCGCUCCGAAAUCGUCGGCUGUCAAUUGCCCUCGGGCGAACGAAUCGGCUUGAACGACAAAAUCCACUACAAAGGCUACAUCAUUUACUGUCAGCAGUUCGAGAACGGGACCCAUCGCAUCUUCUCGGAGCCCGAUCCGACCGCCGAAUGCGACGGCGGGCAUCCAGCUGGCUCCAAGUGGAUCGAAAACACCUUCGAAAAGGAGUGUCUGCCCGGCGCGUUGACCAAAACAACCGGCUGCGCGCUGGACGAUGGGCAGCGGAUCCCGUUGGGCGGGCGGACCGAGUUCGGAAAAUUCUUGGCAUUCUGCAACAACAACAACAAUGGAACCGUGUCGUUGACGCUGGAUGUGAAUCCAAAUGCCCCGUGCGGAGAGCAUUUGCCGGGUAAGGAGGGAAAUUUCUGGCCAAGUAUGAGCAAAAUUUGGGCGUCAAUUUUUGAGAUUUUUUAUUUUUGGACAAAAAAAUUUAAAGUAAAAUUAUGAAAAACUUGGCUUACGGUAGGACUUAAAUUAUGAUUGAUUUUACAGAGGCUUUAUAUACUUACAUUUUUUAUUAAACUUUUUAUACCAAGAACUAUUCUGUUUUUUACAAAAUUCAUUUUUUUUCAGGAGCCCGUUGGGUUGAGCGCUCCUUCGAAAAGGAGUGCAAAAUCGGCGGCAACACCGAGAUUGUAAGCUGUGUUACUUCCACCCGUCAAAGAGUCCCCUUAAACGGUCAUAUCGUCCUUGACGGCCAGAAAGUGCACUGUGAAAAGCUUCAAGAUGGUACCGUCUGGUUCCACGGCGAGCCCGAUCCGAACGCCUCUUGCCAGGGCGGGCAUGAAGCCGGAACUCGGUGGAUCGACAAAGGAUUUGAGCUGGAAUGCGCCGCCGGCGGUCGCACAAAAGUCGCUGGGUGUAUUAGCCCUCAGGGCAACUACAUUGCGGUGGGAUCGGAGGAGAGAUACAAUCAGUUUGUGUAUGCGUGCGAAGAGCAACCCGAUGGGAGUGUGCGGUUCCGUUCGAAGCCAAUUGUUCCGUUCGCUGGCCCAAGGAAACGGGCUUGA